CGGGCCACAACUUUGAGCUCAUUCGUUCCUCAGCUAUACUAUUAUACUCCAUACACCUCACAAGUAAAGUGCUUUGCAUCAUGAAAUUUUCAUCCGUCCUCUUCUCCUUCUCCAUCGCCGUCUUUGUCCUUUCCUCUCUGGCGCAAACGACAGAAACCCUUUCAUAUGAUACCACGUAUGAUGACGCCUCUCUCUCCCUUUCCAGCAUCGCUUGUUCAGACGGCACCAACGGGCUUGAGACAAUGGGAUACACGACCCUUGGAUCACUCCCCACAUUCCCUAACGUUGGCGGUGUCUACACCGUGACGGGCUGGAAUUCCGCUGCGUGCGGAAGCUGCUAUAAUGUCGCAUACGGAAAUAACGUCGUUGCUAUCCUCGCGGUUGACAUAUCCAAAGCCGGCCUCACCAUUUCAGAGACGGCGAUGAAUACCUUGACUGGUAAUUCGGCCGUUGAGCUGGGAAGAGUGGACGUUACGGCAACCCAAGUGGAUGCGUCAGUAUGCGGCUUGUAGUUCCAUUAUGCCGGAGUGUCGAAACGGUAUGUAUGCUAUUGCAGGUAGUUUUGAUGGACUUAAACCGCAUAUCAAAAUUAGCUGAAUAAACGAACGGCAGACUUUUACUUGGUGAAAUUACUUCUGCAUCGUCCAUGGAUUGUUCACGUACGGUGUCGUGGACUUGACAGUGUUGCGGACCAACUGUAACUAGAUAAUCAUAUCGCAG